AUGGACAGCGAGACCCUCCUCAAGCUCGCAGAGUCGCGCGUCCUCAUCUCCGACACCAAGGCCAUCAAAAAAGUCAUCUACGCCUUCCACGCCCUCCUCCACCCAGACUCGCACGGCGACAAACUCUUUGCAGCCCACGCCUCGUUCGACGGCGCCCUGUCCCAGUUUGCGCAAUCCCUCGCCCGCGCCGACCACAUCGCCGCCGUCACCGCGUCCGAGGUCGCGUCGUACCGGACCGAGGCCGCCGCGCUCGAGCGCAACUCGCACGACACGAGCGACGCCCUCGGUCGACUCGAAGGCGAGCUCGCGAGGGCGCGGCAGGAGCGCGCGAGGAGGAUCGAGUACGACGCGAGGGCGAGGGUCAUUCAGCGCCUGCCCGACCGCCACAAGGGCCUCGAGCAGCAGCAGCGCCUCGAGUCCGACAUUGCCCUGCUCGAGUCCGAGUCGCGCACCUACGCCGAGACGUGGCAGGCGCGCAAAGUCGCGUUCGACGCCAUCGUAAACAGCCUCCAGGUCAUGCAGGAGGCGAUCCGGGACGAGAAGGCCGAGCAGGAGCGCCGCCGAGCACUCGACGAGGACGACGGCGACGCCGAUGCGACCCUCGACGACGACGCGCCUGCCCCGACGCCAGCACCCGCACCCGCACCCGCACCGGGCGCCCCACCGUCCGCCGCGCCCUCGGGCCUCGCGCUCGACCCACGAGCGCAGGCGUUCGUGCCCGGCGCGCCUGGCGGCGACGAAGACGGCGACGUGCCCAUGGGCGACCUCGAGGCCGAGUCGGUGCAGGUGCAGCUGCAGCUGCUUGGCCCGCCGAGGACGCCGUCGGGAGCUUCGAGGGCGUCGAGGGAGGAGGGGCAGGUGACGGACGACCAGCCGUCGACGCAGGAGGACGAGGCGUGA